UUCCCCGCAUUGUCCAAACGGAACACUCAUAGUUGGAGGAUGUAUAUAAAGCGGUAGAGGUCUGCUGCAAAGUUGCAGGCUUCUGCAUCUGUGUUUUGUGAUGAGUGUCCUACUGAGGAAAGGAAAAGAACAGCCACACAACUAGGUUUUAUUUUCCUUCACCGAUACUUCAAGGCACAGAGGAGCUGGUAAAGGCAUUGCCAUGAAACCUAACUUGAAGCAAUGGAAACAACUCAUGCUGUUCGGGAUCUUUGCAUGGGGUCUGCUUUUUUUGGUGAUCUUCAUCUAUUUUACAGAUAGCAACACUGCUGAGCCGGUUCCCAGUUCCUUUUCUUACAUUGAAACUAAGAGGCUUCUGCCCAUUCAGGGCAAGCAGAGAGUCAUAAUGGGAGCCAUACACGAUCCAUCAUUCUCUGAAACUAUUGAUGAGAAUGAGGUACUUCUUAAUGAAGAUCUUUUAGGUACAUUUAAGUCGGGGACUGGAAGUAUUAAAAAAUGGACUGAUUUAGAGGAUGCCUUCAGAAGUGAAGAUGAGUUUUUUCCAUCCCAGAUAGGAAGAAAAUCAAAAAGUGCUUUCUACCAAGUGAGUAAUGAUUAUUUAUUUGCUGCUGGUCAGCCUCAGUCACACAACAACCUUCAAGAGAUAGCAAAAUUCAUCUCAGCCGAUGAGGAUAAUCCAAAAGAAAAUGUUUUACAGAAUAACUGGAGCCACCAGAGAAGAAUGAGGAGAAGGAACUCAAAGCACAGGAGAAGCCAGAUGCUGGAUGAAUCUGAUGACUGGGAUGGGCUAUAUUCCACAAUGUCGAAAUCCUUUCUUUACAAGCUUUGGAAAGGUGAUGUCUCUUCCAAGAUGCUAAAUCCUCGACUGCAGAAGGCAAUGAAAGAUUAUUUGAGCACCAAUAAGCACGGAGUGCGGUUCAAAGGGAAACGAAACUCCAAGCUGACAGGAGACCAGCUUUUUUGUGAGCUAAAAGAAAGGGUGCAUGUGAAAACAAUAGAUGGCAAAGAGGCUCCCUUCUCCACUCUUGGAUGGGAAAAGCACGUUCCCCAAAUUCCACUGGGCAAAUUGUAUACACAUGGUUUUGGGAGCUGUGCUGUAGUUAUGUCUGCUGGUGCAAUACUGAACUCCUCUCUAGGGAGUGAAAUAGAUUCUCAUGAUGCAGUUCUAAGAUUUAAUUCUGCUCCAACACGUGGCUAUGAAAAAGAUGUUGGAAAUAAAACAACCAUGCGAAUCAUCAACUCACAGAUUCUCACCAACCCAAGCCACCAUUUUGUUGACAGCUCCUUGUACAAAGAUGUUAUCCUAGUGGCCUGGGAUCCUGCCCCCUACUCUGCAAAUCUGAAUGUGUGGUAUAAGAAGCCAGACUACAAUCUGUUCACUCCCUAUGUACAGCAUCGCAGGAAGAAUCCAAACCAGCCGUUUUACAUUCUUCAUCCAAAGUUUAUAUGGCAGCUCUGGGACAUCAUUCAGGAGAACACUAAAGAGAAGAUACAGCCCAACCCUCCAUCUUCAGGUUUUAUUGGUAUCCUCAUCAUGAUGUCCAUGUGUAGUGAAGUGCACGUGUACGAAUACAUCCCUUCAGUCCGACAGACCGACCUAUGUCACUACCAUGAACUCUACUACGACGCAGCUUGUACUUUAGGGGCCUACCAUCCACUGCUCUAUGAAAAGCUGUUGGUUCAGAGGAUGAACAAAGGUUUGCAGGAUGAUUUGUAUCGGAAAGGGAAAGUCAUUUUGCCAGGGUUCAAGUCUGUCAAGUGCCCCGAACGGAAUAAUUUCCCACACUUGUAGAAGAGAAUCUUUCAGAAACAAUGUGCAAUAAGGUACUACUGUUGUACUAUAAACAAGGAGAGAAUACUUGAAAAAUGUAUCUUAGACCAAUCUAGUCUUGCGUCUAUAAAUUGUAAGUAAGUAGCAGGCAUGAGAAAUACUUCUUUUCUGAGCCUGAGUAUUUAUUACUGCUUUGCAAAUAGUUAAAGAAAAAAAGCUUAGCUCAUGAAGGGUGCAAAGGACAUAAUUAGGCAGAAAUAUAAUGUGUUGUGGGUGUGGCUGUCAGAAUUCGUCCGUGGUCUCUCAUGCCACAUGUGCUAGAUUGUAACUUUUUUUUCAUGAACUUAUUUAACUGUUAAAUCUGGCAUUGUGAAACAGCCUGUAUUGUUCAUGUGCAAAGCUGCCAGUGGAACAAUGCAGCAUUUCCCGUGGCUCCAUGGGAUUUUCACACUCUCCAAGAAUGAAGUAAUCACUACUCUGAGCCAUGCAUUCAUUGAUUAGAGUAGACUAAUUCUCAUUCAUACACAGGCUAAAUUAUAGGCCUCUAGCAAUGUACAGGGCCUUAUGGUGGCUAUGAAGUCAACGCAAAUGACGAUUGCUGAACGCGCAGCCAAACCACUUAAGUGACUGGACGUAUCUUUGAUGUCAGACCCCCGUGCUGGCGCUGUAUGAGGAAGAGGGAAAAGAGAAAUUUCUCAUUUCUUCAGAACACAACAAACAUUGUGAACUCAAUCAGAAAAAAUAAUUGUCCCUGGGAGACCUAUCAAGAGGGUGUGAGCAAGACUGAAUUGAUGCCUGAGGGUGCCUCUCCCCAGUCUGCACAGAUAUAGCCACUCGAAGAACACCAAGGGAGGCUGUGUAGCUCGCACACCUCACACUGAAAGCAAACCUAGGCGGAGCUCACCUUUUUAUAGCAAACAUAGCAUUCAAGAUCACAGACUUCACUUGUUAGGUAUUUCAUUGUGAUCCAGAUCAAAUUCACUUGCUCACAAGUUACUGCUUUUAAGAAAGCAUGGGGAGUUUUCUGAUAAAAGAGGAGGCUAUCAGCAUUUUUUUAUUUAACAUUUGAAAGACUAUGCCCCAGAGAAACUGUUAUGCCAGCAAAAAACUGACUAUGGCUUGCAUAUGGAGAUAAUCUGAUAUUUCCCUUUAUAACACCCAAUGAGGAUAUUCUCUAAGGCACUUCUAAGUAACCAUGUGGAUACUAAUGAAUCUGAAACAUUAUUUUCCACAGCAAGACUUCAGUUUCAGAUUUUAAGAAUGGCAGGACAUUAAUGUUCUCUUUUUUUAACAGCACUGUGCCCUCAGGUACUGUACCCUUUUUUUAGGGUAAGUUCAGUUGAAAAAUUUAUGUACGUAAAAACACAGCAUAUCCAAUCCUGGUCCAUUCAGUGAAAGGCAGAUAGCUUAAAGAGGCACUGAAAAUAGUAGUAGAGUGGUUAUGGUGGAAAGUAUUUUUCAUGUUUGCUCUUAAGCAACAGAAAAGCAAUCGGAAAGUGCAAACACAAUAUUAAUGACUACUUCCUCUCCAACAAUAAUGUAAGUGUGAUCACAGAAUCAAUCUUCUCUCACUCUACUCUUAUGGCCUGAUGAUUUUCCCUCCUCAAAAGUGAAGAAUAUGUUUCUUACAUAUAGUUUAGCCUUUGUUUCCUAUCUCUUCAUUUAAUUCGGGUUUUGUGAUCCUCUAAGAUUCCUCUCAUUGACAAAAAAUAUGUCCAGAUGAUCUAAACACUGUACUUCUAUGUUGUAUGGAUAGUAAUUCCAUAAAUCAUUUUGGUGCGUAUCAAAAUGAAUAGGUUUUAUUCACAGUAGCCUUAGCCUCUGGAUAUAUUACAUACUGACUUUUAAUGUUAUAUAUGGCAGCAACUUUUAUUCUUAAAGGUUAACACUGUUAUUUAAUCCUGUGGAGAAUAGGUAACCUAAAUAGAACUACUAAUGUAUUUUUUCCAUGUAUUUGGUUCCCUGUUUGCAAAACAUAUGAAGUCUGAACAAGUACUAUCAAACAUGUCUCUCUUUCCUGUAUGCUGGGUUAGCUACUACACACUUAUAAAGAAAAGGAGGUGAUUAGCUUUCUAGGACUAAUGAAUAUGCUACUUUUCCAUAAGCAAGAAUUUCUCAAGUCCCGAAAAAGAUCACAUCACUUUUGACUGAUCUACAACCACUAAUCUUAAACUGUGAUUUGCGGAAGCAAAGAAGAAAAAUACUAACUGCAUUACUCAAUUAUCCACAGCAGGAUAAUGUUUUAUUACUCCAUCAGUAAUUUGUUGACAUAAUCCAUACAGCUGUUGUACAGAGCAAUGCAAAUUCUAAAAGUUUCACAUAACAAGUGCUAAGCAUACUUACUUGAUACAUCAUUUAAAUAAUAGUGAAAAACCAGGUCUAGGACGUCAGAAAAUAGACUGUACCUUUUUAAUCUAUCGGACUCUGCGCAUCCCAGCGCUUCCAGCAGAAUUUCUUUCUUCGUCCAUUUGCCCAGACUCUUUCACCUUUGAAGACACUGUGCAACCUGUUCCAUGAGAAUUUUGUGUGUAUUCGCCCAGCUGUAUCCUAAUUUAUAAGGCAGUCAGUGCCCCUUCCACAAGUCAAAAGUCCAUGUGGGUGAUGUAGCACCACUACCUUAGGAGAUGCUUCACGGCUGUGCUACAAGCCCUUCCUCGUUCACAGAGGAGGAAGACCAACUUGUGAUGUCCAUCCUCUUGAAAAAAAGUAGGGACCCUUAGAGUGGCUUCUGAACACUGGUUUCCACUGUGAUGUUUCACUGAUCUGUCUGCUCAGACAUCUUAUGUCUGCUUAAAAGAGAGUAUAGUCUUCUUGCCUUGUCUUGUCCAUCUUCUGGUUUUGAUACAAGUACACUCAGUUUGCUAACUGAGGGCUCACCUCCACCUUGUGCAAGGGGGGAAGGGGCAGAAAUAAAAGGGGAACAUGAAGGACCUACAGAGGUACUGCAACCACCAGUGUGUGUGUUCUCUGUGGUUUUGGCAUUGGUGGCUUUUGUAGGAGCCUACCAAGGAUUUUUGCAUUUCUGGGCAUUAUCCCUAUGAUGGCAGAGCGAUCUUUAACAAAGGAUCAGCUUCAGUCAAUUUAAAACAGCAACUGAGUAUGAAGUAACACUGAAUCUGUGUAUCUUUUAAUAAUAGUAACUUAUGAGAGUGCUGUUUUUACAUACAUAUAGUAAAUGCGGCUAAUGUGAAAGGAAAUGUACUUUCCAAUCCAAUCUUGGGGGUUUUGGGAAAUAGAUAAAGGCAUGGCUGUGCAGCUCUCCUUCAUGGCUAUCGCACGCCAAAAGAGGGGAAUGCCAGCAUAGAUGAGGUCUGCACAAACACAGCUCUGCAUACGUUAUCAGUGAAGCAAAUGCCAGUGCUAGUUGGCACUUUGGGCUCCCCUCACACCUGUUACAAUGCUGCAGGCUUUAAAUUUAGAGGAGGUUACUGAUAAACAGGAACAAAUUGCCUUCAGAAGCUAGAGAGCCUCGUUCUGUGCCCUGGUGCUGUGAACAGCAGUUGCACUUGAUUAAAACAAAAUAGAAACACAGCAGCAGCUUAAGUAAAUGUGCUGAAUUUAUGUCGAAUUUCGUUAUGCUCUUUUUUUCCACUGUAAAUUCUGUAGCUUUUCUGCCUUGUGGUGCUCUGUUAUUUUUUGCAUUCAGCCUUUGGAUGGUUAAAUCAAGGUAUUCUUCUGUUUAUUAAAGGCAAACAAUGAAAAGAUUUUGUCUCAUUUUGAGCCAAAGUCUUCUUCCUAGAAAAAAUUACUUCAUUGUUCCAUUCAUUUAUAGUUCUAAGGCUUACCUGGACAUAACCUCACAGUCAGGCAGUCCAUCCUUCCAUGGACUAAACUACUAAGUCUUCUUUCUUCCCCUUACUGGGCUGGUGAAACUCUGAGAUGAAAGUCAGUGAAGCUACAAUGAUGCACCUUUAGAGAGAGACAUAUGAUUUACAUACUCUAGACUGAUCUACACUCUGUCUGCACAAAUUUAGCUAAAUCAUUGCAUGUCUUUGGUCAGGACAGUUUCUUUGGUGACAACAUCCAAAUUUUGAACUUGCUGCUGUAGAUCUCUUGCGAAAGUCAUCAAAACCAAGAGAGUUUCUUCUUGAAUGAAGACAAAUGUCUACACUCAAUGACUGCACAGAUUGAACUCAGUCAUUUUAGAGAUGGAUUGAAAUAAAUAGGAAUUUAAAACACAUGUAGACUAAUCCAAUUCACAGUGGUAUAUUUUUCAUUUCCUUCUUCCACAGCAGUUCUUAAGGACAGGAAAUGCCAUGUGGACAAGUGACACAAGGUACCAUGAAAUGAAUAUUAGAUGCAUUGACAGCAAAAAUAAAUGGCUAGCAUUUCUCCUUUCAUGUUCUCUAAAGUUCAUGGGUAUUGAAAAAAUGGAAUUGUUUUUGCAGUAGUUAUUGCAGAAGGCUGUCAUUAGAAAGCAUCUAAAACUUUCCUGGGAGCUAUCCUCUCACACACAAGGAAGAUACCUGAUUUAACUAUUUGAACUUUUAAAGUAGCCCGUGUCUGGGCAUACCUGCAUCAUUAAAUAACUUUUGACACUGCAAAUUUUGUCUCUCUGGCUUAGUGAUCAGGUUCAGAGUUUUGUUCUUGAAAUAAGAGUUGUGUGUAAAAGCCUUACAUUCAUCCAUAUCAUCCCAUCACUCUUACGAUAUGUAGUCAUUGAACUAUUCAAAUAUAGACUGUGUACUUUUUUAAUAGCUUUGAGAAUUAUUUUGUAUGAUGAUUUUUUUAAAUGAAUGUGUACUCUAAUAACAAAGCUUGAGAUUUUACAGGAGUCACAUUUUUAAGCAGUGUUUGUAUACAUUUUAACACUUUUUAUAUUUUCUAUUAUGAUUUUGUAUAUUUCUAUGUAUGCACAGUGUACAGAUUUUUUCCUGUAAAUAAAACAUUUGUUUU